CUUUGCUGAGACUGAGGGGAAACCACCCGACUAUGGACAAGAAACAGAGAGGACUCUUGGGAAUCCCAAAGGAUCAUCGGGAGGAGAAGAUGGACCAGGCUUAGUGCCACACACUGGACUUGUGGUGAUAAGACAUUGAAUGUUUAGAACACAGUUGGAAGUACUAAAGAGUCCUCAUAAUUUCUACUGAGGAGUGUCACCUACCGUGAUUUGGAGUUUACCACCCACUGGGAUACCCUCCUUGAGGAAUCAGACAUAAUUCCAGACAAAGAAAAGUCUUGAGUUGUGAUCUUGGAAAUCGUCUCACUUGAGGCUCUUGGCUCUAAUCACAGAGACUGUGCUCAGCAGAACUGAUAAGCUAAAGGAAAAAAAUCAAUACCUGGAAAAUCAGAGCUCACCAUUCCGUAACCAUGAGUGAGGAAAUGGAGAUAGCAGACAAGAAGGACUGGAGGGAGCUUGAACCCAACUAUUCUCUCAAAAUCUUCCUGACAUUCUUUUACAGCCUCAUUCUGGUGACAGGUAUCAUGGGUAAUUCAAUCACUAUCAGAGUGACACAAGUGCUGAAGCGUAAUGGCUACCUGCAGAAGAACGUCACCGACCAUAUGGUCAGCCUGGCAUGCUCAGACUUGUUGGUGCUCCUCAUCGGCAUGCCAGUGGAGCUCUACAGUGCCAUCUGGUUCCCAUUUUCAUCUGCAGAAGGGAACGCUGCCUGUAAGAUAUACAACUUCCUGUUUGAGGCUUGCAGCUACGCCACCAUCCUCAAUGUAGCCACUCUUAGCUUUGAGCGCUACGUGGCUAUCUGCCACCCGUUCCGCUUCAAAGCCUUGGGUGGGAAACGUACCUCUGCCCUCAUCACCUUUGCUUGGCUGGUGUCCGUGCUCGUGGCUCUGCCAUUGCUAGUUGCUACGGGAACGCAGGGACACAUUCCCUAUCUGGCAGAUACACCUGUUCAGAAUCUGACUUUCUGUACAAAUCUGAGGGAGCGCUGGGUGAUGUACAGGGUUAGCAUCUUUGUGGCUUUCAUCGUCUAUAUAAUCGUGUUGAUCUGUGUGGCCUUCAUGUGCCGGGCCAUGGUCCUCGUCCUUCGGAAACCUUUAGGAUCUGUGGAUAGUGGCAUCAGCGGAACUCAAAGAGCGCACAAGCACGAAGGUUCAAAGGUUAAGACAGCCAGGAAGCAGACCAUCAUUUUUCUUGAAAAGAAAGUGUUCUAAAGAAAGACAGCAUGCUGAGAGAAGGCUCUGCUCCCUGCAGCUUUGUGAUACCUGUCAUCUACAUCCCAGCUGCUACCUGCAGCUGAUGACCAGCCAAAACAUUUUUUAAAUUAAGGUGUGUUACAAGCAGGUGUUUUGGUUUUUAUAUAUUUGCAAAAGGAUCUGGGACACAUUAAUGAGGUAGCAUAUAAUAGUCAAAUUUCCUUGUUUUGGCACAAAAGUACCAAAUCGUUCUCAUCCCCAAGUCAACAAGACUUUCAUCCAGGAGACCACAGUCUGUGUCCCAUAUAAAACAAAAGUCAGUGUUGUUUUAACAUAUUGUUAUGUAACUUAAUGUACCUAAAUCCUGUGUGAAACCAAAAGCUCA